UCCUCAAUACAUGGAUUUCGUCACACGAAUGAUUUUCUAGCCAAUUACGCACAAUGUGGAAAAUCUCAUACAUCUGCAGGAGGAAGAUUCGCAACUUGGUGGGAUCUGGAAUGUGUCGUCUGCGCGCACCUGGGGCCACUGGAGACAUGCAGAGGCAACAGAUUUUAGCUGGUUUUCACUCUAUUUUAUGAUACUGAGCCGUCGUGUACCUGCCUGUGAUGGGGAGAAGCACAUGGAGCUGCGGUGCCGGGAUCCUGCUGGCCAUCAUUCGCUGCUGUAGUGCCGCCACUCUGGAGUCCAUCCACUGGAGUAGGUCCAAUGAAAAAUUUAGUCAAAGCCAGGGUCUAGUCCUGUAUCCUCAAAUAGGGGACAAGAUGGACAUUGUUUGUCCAAGGGCAGACGCUUCCUCGGGGGGAAAGGAGGAGUUCUACAAAGUGUACCUGGUCUCCCGAAGUCAGAUGGAGAGCUGCACGAUUGACAAGACAGACACACCCCUGCUGAACUGUGACAAGCCUCACCGGGACGUCAAGUUCACGUUCAAGUUUCAGGAGUUCAGCCCCAACCUGUGGGGUUUGGAGUUCCUCAAGGGGAGGGACUAUUAUAUUACCUCCACCUCUACAGGGGCUCUGCAAGGUCUGGAUAACACUAAUGGAGGGGUUUGUAGAACAAAAUCCAUGAAGCUGGUGCUGAGAGUCGGCCAAAGCUCCUCAGAUCCACCUUCAACCCUCCAGGAGUCCCCCACCAGAUUCCCACCCAGACAACCAAAGUCCAAGGCCAAGGACACAUCUGCGACAGAAAACAAAGAAACAGGACAAACAAACCCCAGUGGCAGCGAUGGCUCUGAGUCAGGACUGUUCAUAUGGGUUUUCUCUGGCUGUGUGAUCCUCCUCCUGGUCAUCAUAAUUCUACUGGUCAUGCUGUGGAGGUACCAUCGCCGUCACUGCACCCCAGAGAGCCAGCAGUCUGCCUCCGUGUCCCUCAACACUUUGGCUGUGCCGAAGCGGGACAGCAUCAGCAGUGACAACAAUGGCUCAGACCGCAGCGAUGUUGUCUUUCCUCUGCGGGCUUCUGACAGCAUGGUCUGCCGCCACUAUGAGCGUGUUAGCAGCGACUAUGGGCCCCCUGUGUACAUAGUUCAGGAGAUAACACCUCAAAGUCCCACCAACAUCUACUACAAAGUCUAAGGAUUGCUGCUCUAAUGCUAGUCUUUUGAUAAUCAUAAACUUCAGCCAUUGUGGACACACUCAAGCAACAGUUUAUUACACAGUGCUCCCAUGGCAACAGUUGUAAAGUUUGUAGUGUGUAAAGAAAGGUGGAGAGUUUAUCUGAGAGCCGUGUUGCACUGACCAUACACAUACAAAUGUCAUGUCUUAUACUUGUUGGGGUCACACUGCACCAAGUGCACAAAAAGAUGUUGAUUCACUCUGUUUUCCUAGUGAAGAGACAAUCAGAGAGAAAACUGAUGCCUGAUAACAUAUCAUUCAGUAGUUGUGUUCAGUUUGUUUUGUGAGGUAUGUUCAGAAGUGUAAGUAAAAGGCAAAUUUAUUUUUGUUUUUGCUUUACAAAAAAAUAAGUUGUCUCUCUCUGCCACUGAAUGUGGCAGCUUCAGAUGUUCAGUAAACUUAUAUUUUAUUUAAUUUAUUGAUGAACUGGGGGAAAAAAAGAUUAAUAUUGCACUCCAACACACUAAAUUUGUGAGCACUUAAAUAUAGAUUUUUUCAUAAAUGAAGUAUGUAAACUUUGUUUGAAAUGCUGUUCAGUGAAAUGAAAAUCAUAAUUUUGUGGCUUUUAUUAAAGUAGAACAAU